AUGAUCCUGGGAGACGUAUACCUCGAUUCGGCACUCAUAUUUGUGUUGGUUGCCGUACUUGCUGUCACGAUUGUUGUGAUAUUGAGCUAUUUCAGGAAGGCUACCAGUCGCAGAGACACAUUCCUGAUCACUGGCCUCUCAGAUGCUGGCAAAACUACCCUAUACCUUCGUUUACGAUAUGGAAGAAUAAAACCUACGCAUACAUCAAUGCAAGAAAACGAAGGGCUUUUUGCCUUACACACGGAGAAUGCCGACAAGGCAAAUGCACCAAUCCACAUUGUAGAUGUGCCAGGCCACGAAAAGUUACGGUACAGGUUUGCAGAAUUCCUACCGAUCGCACGAGCAAUCAUUUUUGUAGUGGAUUCUUCGACGAUUACACAACAAGUACGAAGAUCCGCUGAAUAUUUAUAUGAUAUAUUGGCAAAUCGACAUGCUACGGUACCCAAACCGAUACCUAUACUUGUGGUUUGCAACAAGUCGGAUCAUUUGCUGGCUGCUUCUGAGGGCAAGAUUCGAACGUUGCUGGAAACGGAAAUAGACAAGCUUCGAGCAACCAGAGCAGCAGCCUUGGAUAAACAGGAUAGUGGUGGACAAGAAGAAGUGUAUUUGGGGUUUGACAAUGAGGCGUUCAAGUUUGAUCACGUACCGAGCGACAUUACAUUUGUCAAGUCAUGCCUAGCUGGUACAGAAGACGAGAUUAGCGGUAUUGAGGACAUUAUCAAUUGGAUUCAAGAAUCAUCGUAA